AUGGCCGGCACAGCGCUAAGCCUGUUAAUUCGGGCCGAACUUGGGCAGCCAGGGACGCUCUUAGGCGACGACCAGAUCUAUAACGUCAUCGUCACUGCCCAUGCCUUCGUGAUAAUUUUCUUCAUGGUCAUGCCGGUCAUAAUCGGCGGUUUCGGCAACUGGCUUGUCCCCCUUAUAAUUGGAGCCCCGGACAUGGCCUUUCCACGAAUAAAUAACAUAAGCUUCUGACUACUACCACCCUCCCUACUCCUACUGCUCGCAUCCGCCGGAGUAGAGGCAGGAGCAGGGACUGGCUGAACUGUUUACCCACCUCUUGCCGCCAACCUGGCCCACGCAGGCGCAUCAGUCGACCUAACCAUUUUCUCCCUUCACCUAGCAGGAAUCUCAUCAAUCCUGGGGGCAAUUAACUUCAUUACAACCUGCAUCAACAUAAAAGCCCCAUCAAUAUCACAGUACAACACCCCACUAUUCGUGUGGUCAGUAAUAAUCACCGCCGUCUUACUACUACUAUCUCUACCAGUACUGGCUGCAGGCAUCACCAUACUCCUUACCGACCGCAACCUCAACACUGCCUUCUUUGACCCGGCCGGAGGCGGGGACCCAGUCCUAUACCAACACCUGUUUUGAUUUUUUGGCCACCCAGAAGUCUACAUCCUAAUCCUGCCCGGAUUUGGUAUGAUCUCCCACAUCGUCACAUAUUACGCAGGUAAGGCCGAACCAUUUGGCUACAUGGGCAUAGUAUGGGCAAUAAUAUCCAUUGGCUUCCUGGGCUUCAUCGUGUGGGCCCACCACAUAUUCACCGUUGGCAUGGACGUAGACACACGAGCCUAUUUUACCUCCGCCACCAUGAUCAUUGCAAUCCCAACCGGGGUAAAGGUCUUCAGCUGACUUGCAACCCUUCACGGGGGAAACAUCAAAUGGGACGCCGCCCUUCUAUGAGCCCUUGGAUUUAUCUUUCUAUUUACAGUCGGAGGGCUUACGGGGAUCGUCUUAGCCAACUCAUCACUAGACAUUGUCCUACACGACACCUACUACGUAGUAGCCCACUUCCACUAUGUACUGUCAAUGGGCGCCGUCUUCGCUAUCAUGGGGGGCUUCAUCCACUGGUUCCCCCUAUUCUCAGGUUUCUCACUAAACGCCACCUGAACAAAAAUCCAAUUCGGUGUGAUGUUCCUAGGCGUAAACAUAACCUUUUUCCCACAGCACUUCCUAGGCCUAGCCGGCAUGCCCCGUCGUUAUUCAGACUACCCAGAUGCCUACGCACUAUGAAACACUAUCUCCUCAAUCGGCUCAUUAGCCUCUCUCGUAGCAGUUAUCUUGAUAAUGUACAUCAUCUGAGAAGCCUUCGCCGCUAAACGAACCCUAACACCACAACCAACCCACACAAGCCUAGAAUGACUGCACGGCUCACCACCCCCAUACCACACCUACACCGAACCCGUUUUUGUGCAGACAAACCCUAACGCAAGAGAAGAGGGACUUGAACCCCCUCCAACUAAUUUCAAAUCAAUUAUACCACAUAGUACUUUUCUCUCACUAA